AUGCCGUACCAUAUCUGUGAGGUGACGUCGGCGGAAUUGCUACACUACCCGGAAAGUGGCAGCGGCCAGGAUUGGAGUCCGGCGCGUGACUCGCAGAUAAUCAAAUGCAAAUUUCCCAAGGAGGACCUCCUCAGUUCGGGGCGCGAACUCUGCGCCUUUCUCGGCAUCUUUAUCCUUCCUCGGUUCAUCGACGAUGUGUGGGUUUUCAUCAAUACGGGUGUUCAUUAUUACGGUGCUUUUCCUAUCCAGCCCGUCGAUCCUAUCCAGCCCGUCGACUUGAAUGUGGAGCACCAGCAGAAGAAGAACUACUUCGAAGUCUUAGCCUGGUUGAUAUUUGGUGUUCUUUGCUGUGCUUUGUGCUCUCCUAUGGUGAUCAUCUCGAUAAUCGUCAUCGUCAUGAACCUGGUAUAUGUUCUACGGAACGUUCGGUGUUACCGGACCAUGCAUUUCAGCAUGCAGGAGACUGUUAUAAACGGCGAGGAGGUGUGGGAGGUGGACUUCAAAAGUGAUUCUAAGGUCGACGAAGAAAAAGUGAAAGCUGGAAGCUGGAAGACGGGAGCGGGCUUUCCAGUUACCCCUAGCCAAGGCGAUAAGGUCAAAGUUGCCUUUGGACCGAUCGAGUAUUGGUGCUUAUUUAGGAAGCAGACGCAGAGCGAUGCGACGGCGCGAAGCCCUUCCCCGGUGUGA